CACAAUCCUAAAGCAACAUGGCACAUGUUAAUCUUAUGGGCAUGUGCAGUACUGAAGAUAUUCCAUGGAACAAGGAAUUCCUUAGAUGGUCAACUGUCCCCUAAGAUCAUGACAAUUGUGAUAUAAUCAAUGUUUCUGGGCAUAGCAUUUCUUGGAAUUGGAUUGUGGGCAUGGAAUGAAAAAGGAGUGCUGUCCAAUAUCUCCUCCAUUACUGACCUGGGAGGUUUUGAUCCAGUUUGGCUCUUCCUUGUGGUGGGAGGAGUCAUGUUCAUUUUGGGAUUUGCAGGAUGCAUUGGAGCUUUGCGAGAAAAUACCUUCCUUCUCAAGUUUUUUUCUGUAUUCCUGGGAAUUAUUUUCUUCCUGGAGCUCACUGCUGGUGUUCUGGCAUUUGUUUUCAAAGACUGGAUCAAAGACCAGCUGUAUUUCUUUAUAAACAAUAACAUCAGAGCAUACAGAGAUGACAUUGAUUUGCAAAACCUUAUAGACUUCACACAGGAAUAUUGGCAGUGCUGUGGAGCCUUCAGCGCUGAUGACUGGAACCUCAAUAUUUACUUCAAUUGCACAGAUUCCAACGCGAGUCGAGAGCGCUGUGGCGUGCCGUUUUCAUGCUGUACUAAAGAUCCUGCCGAAGAUGUCAUUAACACUCAGUGUGGCUACGAUGCCAGGCAAAAACCUGAGGUUGAUCAGCAGAUUGUUAUCUACACUAAAGGUUGCGUCCCCCAGUUUGAGAAAUGGCUGCAGGACAAUCUUACUAUAGUUGCUGGCAUCUUCAUUGGGAUUGCAUUGUUGCAGAUAUUCGGGAUAUGCUUAGCCCAGAACCUGGUUAGUGACAUUGAGGCUGUCAGAGCCAGCUGGUAAAACUGCUGAAAUAACUGCCACAAGACACUGGACAACUGAAAACCUCCAAAACCUCCAGUGUGUCACUCUGACACCAAGCUGUAUGGACAUGGGUGACGGGGAAGCCUUCUUUCCCAAGCGGUUUCAAGUCUACGCUGCUGGUAUUGCAGUGAACCCUUGUUUCUUUGGGGUUGGCUAAUGGGUGGGCUGUUUAAAAUCUGCUGCUCACUGACAGUUUUUUUUUUUAAAUCACCAAGAAGCUGUUGAGCCAUGAAUCUCUACUGUAUCCUUCUGAAUAACAGGUGGACACUCUCUCUCUUCUUUUUAAUUGGUGUGUGUCAAUGGGACGGAGUUGCAUUGUGGUGUGUGGAUAUGCUGUUUAUUCUCCGUGUCACAAGCUCUUUGGUAGCUGCCAAACGUUCCUGAAAAAGUUUCUUUCUUCAGUAUAUGCUGAAGGAACCAUCUUCUUGUUUUCCACAGCUAAACAUAGCUGCAGGUCUUUCUGAAACUAAACCCAUCAAACAGAAAACAACUUUCCACUCAUCAAUUGUACAUUUCAAGAAAUUGUUUUAAAAACAAGGAAAAACUUUUAUACAAGCGCUUCCAGACUUUGUCUGUAAUAAUAUGUGGUUGGAAUCAGCAAGAUUGAAGGGAUAACUUUCUAAAUUUGCCAGCAUCUUUCUCCAAGCAAGAAUGGGACAUAUAUGGGAGCAUGACGUUUGGGGGGCUCAGGUGUAUAAUGUUGAAAAGAGAAUGAAAUAUAUGUUAACUUAAAAAAAAAAAAAAAAAAGUCAUGAAGUAUGUACCCAAAUACCUUGGCUGUAUCCAUUGAUUCUCUGGAAUUUGGCAUAACCUGAUGUAUUUGGGCUGUCACUAAUAUUAGUGCUUUGUUAUAAUUGUACAAAAUUUCUUUUAAGAUGUUUCCUUGAUCCUUUUCCAGCUGAAGCUUUGGUUUUCUUUCUUUCUUUCAUUUUUUUAAAAAAAAUUUCUGACCUGCAUGAGCUAUGGAAUUAGAAUCUGAGAAACUUUGUUUUUAAAUCCCUGCAUAUGUUUCAGUAGGCGUCUAAUCCAAAUUUACUUAUUUAUUGGUAGAUGCACUUGAUUAUGCAAAGUUCCUAUCCCCUUGUCUUGGAAGGGAGAAAGGAGGACAGCUUUGCUAUAGUAAAUGCUUCCCUAGAGUCAGCAGUUUUUCAUUUGCUUAUCUCUGUGUGUGUUUCCCAUGCUGCCUCUCUCUGUCUGAAUACAACAAAAUGCUUUCUUGAACCAAUAGAAUAAAAGGAUAUUUUUAAGCAAGAAGAGUGUAUUGGGACCAACCAAGAGACUUUUGGUCCUUUAGAAAUGGAAGAAGCGGUAGAAUUUGGACUACAGCACAAGUAUUGGGAAGCAGGGGAGAUCAAACUCCAGCUAGGUGUCUGUGAUCCGCUUUUAUUUCAGUAAUGGUGUGAUCAUGCACCUGACACUAACUUGGGUAGCCAAGGCACUUGGUAUACAUUUAGCUUGUCUUAGGCCCUGCAUAGUGUCUACGGGCCCAAUCCUGCUAGGGCUGACUGCCCUCAUCUCUCGCUUCCCUGAAGAAGUAGUUGCGGUUGCUGGGCAUCUAUCAGGAGGUGUGCUCGCACCAUUCAGGACUGGCCCAAAGUGUCCCCUAAAAUGAAUAAGAUAAGAGCAGAAAAAGUGAACACACUUGGACGGCAUUUUCUUU